AUGGAUAUGCGUGACUCCGAUUAUAUCCUUGUCCAGGACUUCAACCAAGAUUGGACCACGGAUCCCAAAUUUUCACUCGAUAAGGCCCCUUUCACCGAUGGCGAGAUUGAAGCAAAAGCUUACGACAUCAGGCCUAUUGGGAAGCAUCCAAGCCAACAUUAUGUCGAAACCAAAUUUCGUGGGUCUCUUGAGUCGUCUCACAUGCAGAUAAAGGAGUUUCGCAUGCGAGACAAUUGGAUAUGUAAUAAGCGCACCCUCAAAGAGUUUGUGGAUAAAGUGGGAGAAUAUGAAGAUGCUGCGGAGUUUUUUGGCUUUCAGGGCCAGGCCCUGGACAAUAUACAACUGUAUAUGGUCACCGGCAUCAAGUAUGCUAAAGGCCUAGAAUAUUGGCUUACAUGGGACCAAUGUACGUAUUCGAGACCUGAGCCCGUGGGCGCUCGUCCCAUUGUAAACCGGAAUCAAGACCUGGCACUUUGGCACGAAGCGUUGCCAAUACAUUCGGGAUCAAUCCCUGAGAAGGAUGUCGUAAUCGCAUACAAGAUCCACGAGAUCACGCAUGACGCAAAAACGGGAAAGAUGCGGCUUGAUAUAUAUGUGGACACAGAACGUGUUGUCCCAAAACUACCUAAGAACUUUAAGGCCCAGAAUGCGGAUUUAAUAGCUUCUUUAGAGGGAAAAUGA